AUGUACAAGUAUCUCGCGGUCCUGUCCAUUCUCUUGAGCCAGGCAAUGGCAGUUCCGGCCGCGGCAGAACCCGACGGUCUCAUCCCAGGCUACGAGGUGGCCGAUAUCAACUGGGAAGUUGAAGUGUUCCCCGGCCAGCUUAUGAACCUGACGGGCACCAUCGGCGAGGUUCGUCGCCAGGCAACCCAGCUGAACCCCAGAUGGGAUCUGGAGGACAUGGAGACGAUCGUCGACGAAUCCAGCGCAGAUGUCUCCGAGAGUCUCGCCAAGCGAGAUCCGAACUGGACAAACAUUAGGUGCGGACCGGGGCCUAACAAAUUUGCGUGGGCAGAUUUGAGCAUCAUCCGAUCCAUGAUCCCCAAAAUUAGACCCUGGAGAGGCACACCGAGCAUGCUUGGGCUAAGGUGUGGAGCGAUAACUUGCCACGAUGAAAACAAAAUCAUGCUCUGUAAUGAUAAUACGGGCGAGGUGAGAUUACGGGCGUUUCUUGACAUUGCCGAUGGUGCCCAGCGGAUUGCGGAUUCGUGUGCUCUUACCGGUGCUGUUGCUGGCCAGCAGUUUGCCUUUGGGGGUUGGAACGUCAUUGUGACUUCUGGCAAGUUUGGACGGCCGUGUAAAAAAUGA